AUGUUAUUGGAAAUGAGUAGUAGAAAAACGCCUCCGAUUCAAUUCAUUCCCACCUCAAAUCCAGUCCCAUCUCCUCGGAUAUCUCAUCAUCAAGCAAUAUUGAUUAAAACGAAACCACCUCAAGAGGAAGAUGAAGCAAAAUCAUCCCGAAAUGAUCAAGGCUCAAAAAAGAAGAAUAGUGCAAGGCAAAAGAAAAAAUUAGAGUCUUCUCAAAUCAUGUCCAAUUCAACUCUCUCCAAUAUUCAAGAUUCAUCCCUCAACACCAUGAUGAAUGGAGAUGAUUCAUUCUUCAUCACACGAGGACCACAAAUUCAAUUUCCAGCAGUAAAGAAACAAGGAGGAUCAGAAAAGAAUGUAGCACCCUCCGAAGUGGACACGGCGUUGGAAAACAAAAAAGCAGAGUUACAGAAAAUUCAGCAAUUACUCGAGCAAAAACGAAAAGAAUAUGAAGCCAAUGACAUACAAUGGAAGGAAAAAGAGCUGGAGCUGACGAAAAAGAGAAAUGAGCUCGAUUCUGGUCACAAGGAAAUGAAACAAUUCAAUCAAAUUAAUGAAUCAAAAAUUGACAAGUACUAUCGAAAGGCAAUGGAAGAACAAAAACAAAAUGAAUCAAAACGGCAGCAAAUUCAAGAUCUUCAAGCCUCAAUCAUUCAUCUCACCAAACAAAAGAAAAAGAAAGAGAGUGAGCUCAAAAAAAUUCAUCUCUACCAAAAUUACCUUAAUAUGGUUGCUCGAUAUGACAACAACACCUUCGAGGAUGAUAUGGAUAAGAUUUUGAAAAGACAUGAAAUUUUGCACAACUCUUCAACAGAUUUGGAGCAUCAAAUUGAAACCAAGAAGCAACUCAUCAAGCAUGAAACAAAUGAUUUGAAAAACUUCCAAAAACAAGCACAAAACAAACUCUACGAGCUCAACGUCGAAUUGCAGCAAAAGAGACAACUCUUAGAAAAACUAAAAGCAAAAACCUAUAGUCUUGAAUCAGCAUACUUUCAACAAGAUUUAGCCAAUAGAAAAUUUUCUCAAUUGUAUUCACAAGUGGUGAUGAGCAUUAAUAACUUACAUCAACGAUGUGUAGAAACACGAAAAUUUAAGCCAACCCAACAACCCAAAUUUGUGACAGCUAGUAGAAUUGAAAAGAAUGUACCAGAGGAAUUUAGACAAUUACAAGCCAUACAACACAGAAUACAAGACGUUGAAUACAUGGUCAAUGCUAUGAAAGUAGAAGCAAAGGAAUAA